GUCAAUGAGUUACGCAGCUCCUUCAAGCAAGCUUUUGGUAAAAAGAAAUCUCCCAAGUCAGCAUCUUCUCAUUCAGAUAUUGAGGAGAUGACUGAUUCUUCGUUACCUUCAUCACCAAAGCUACCACACCAUAACUCCACUGUUUCAACACCGUUGCUGAGAGCUUCCCAUUCCAAUUCUCUUAUUUCUGAAUGCACUGAUAGUGAAGCCGAAACGGUCAUGCAGUUACGAAACGAACUAAGAGACAAGGAGAUGAAGUUGACUGAUAUUCGUCUAGAAGCCCUUAGCUCCGCUCAUCAGCUUGACCAGCUCCGGGAGGCGAUGAACAGAAUGCAGAGUGAGAUUGAAAAAUUAAAAGCAGAAAAUGACCGGCUGAAAUCUGAAAACCACGGCAGCUGUAGCAGGGCUCAGUCUCAGGUUUCCAUUUCAUCCUCUCCAAGACAUUCAGUGGGUCUCUCUCAACACAGUUUGAACCUUACGGAGUCAACCAGUCUUGACAUGCUGUUAGAUGACACUGGAGAUGGCUCUGCCCGGAAAGAAGGAGGCAGGCACGUCAAAAUAGUUGUCAACUUUCAGGAUGAGAUGAAAUGGAAGGAGGAUUCGAGGCCUCGCACCUUCCUCAUAGGCUGCAUUGGAGUCAGCGGCAAGACCAAAUGGGAUGUUCUGGAUGGGGUUGUAAGACGGUUGUUUAAGGAGUAUAUCAUUCACGUGGAUCCCGUGAGCCAGCUGGGACUGAAUUCAGACAGCGUUCUGGGCUACAGCAUUGGAGAAAUCAAACGCACUAAUAGUGCAGAGACACCUGAGCUGUUGCCCUGUGGCUAUCUAGUUGGAGAAAACAACACUAUUUCAGUUACCAUCAAAGGUAUCUGUGAGAACAGUUUGGACGGUCUGGUGUUUGAAUCACUGAUCCCAAAGCCUAUACUGCAGCGUUACGUCUCUCUCCUGAUGGAACAUAGACGGAUUAUCUUAUCUGGCCCCAGUGGCACUGGUAAAACGUACCUAGCAAACCGCCUGUCUGAGUAUAUGGUCCUUAGAGAGGGCAGGGAGCUGGCCGAUGGCAUUAUUGCAACCUUCAAUGUGGACCAUAAAUCCAGUAAGGAACUCCGCCAAUACCUGUCCAACCUAGCAGACCAGUGUAACAGUGAAAAUAACGCCGUGGAUAUGCCUCUUGUAAUCAUUUUGGAUAAUUUGCAUCACGUUAGCUCCCUAGGAGAGAUCUUUAAUGGACUUCUAAACUGCAAGUACCACAAAUGUCCAUAUAUUAUUGGCACAAUGAACCAAGCCACCUCCUCAACACCUAAUCUUCAACUUCACCAUAAUUUCAGAUGGGUGCUAUGUGCUAACCACACUGAGCCAGUCAAAGGCUUUCUUGGCCGUUUCUUGAGAAGAAAACUAAUUGAAACAGAGAUCAGUGGCAGGAUGAGAAAUGCAGAGCUGGUUAAAAUUAUUGAUUGGAUUCCCAAGGUCUGGCAACAUCUGAACAAAUUCUUGGAGGCUCACAGUUCCUCUGAUGUUACUAUUGGUCCACGGCUCUUCCUCUCCUGUCCAAUAGAUGUAGAUGGUUCUAGAGUUUGGUUUACUGACUUGUGGAAUUACUCCAUCAUCCCGUAUCUUCUGGAGGCAGUUAGAGAAGGGCUACAGUUGUAUGGGAGGAGAGCGCCCUGGGAGGAUCCUGCCAAAUGGGUAAUGGACACCUACCCCUGGGCAGCCACCCCACAGCACCACGAGUGGCCUCCUCUGCUACAGCUGCGGCCGGAAGACGUGGGCUUUGACGGCUACUCGAUGUCACGGGAAGGCUCCACCAGCAAACAAGUUCCAGUGAGUGAUGCUGAGGGAGAUCCUUUGAUGAACAUGCUAAUGAGACUGCAAGAAGCAGCCAACUACUCAAGUCCCCAGAGUUACGACAGUGACUCUAACAGCAACAGCCAUCACGAUGACAUCCUCGAUUCAUCUCUGGAGUCGACGCUGUGAUCUUCCUCCAAUAGAAAUAGGUUGUUUCCAUUAUUUCUCUCCCACUUGGCAAGAAAUCUGAUCACAGACUCAUGAACAGAACACGUUCCUGGGCUGGGCUGGGAUCUCAGUAUUAGAGCUGCAAGAACAAGACACUUGGAGUCAGUCUUGAACCUGGGUGCAGGCAACCCAAGCAACCUUUGUAUUGUUUUUCUUUUGACAAUGAUGAGAACUGCACUAUUCCUUUGUUUUCUUCUGUUUAGUUGCUGUAAGCUCUCAUGCCUAAGAUACUGAAGAUGUUAAAAGUAAUCAUCGUUACUAAAAGUUGAAGGGGCGGGGGGGGAACUUCACAGCUAUGAAGCAAACAGCUUUGUGCCAUGUACUGUCCGGAAGGAGAAGGGAGAGGAAAUUUUUGCCUAUGCUGCUUCUGACCAAACACAUAGAGGUGAGGGCUGGACUUUUACCAAUCAGCUUUGCAGAUUAAACUCAGCUUCGUAUAGUUCUGGUGCUAUAACAAUAUCGCUUGCCUUGGUAAUAAUACUCAAUAAAGGCAAAGCUGCAAAACAGGGAAGUUUGAAUAAAUAUUAAAAAAGAGAAAAGGAAAAAAAAAAAAGAAAAAAAAAGAAAAAGCGCUGCUCUCCUUGCCAGUCUGAGACCUUGGCUUUCUUUCAUUGUGUGUUUAUAAAGAUAUAUAUAUAAAUAGGAAUAUAUAAAAAUAUAUAUACAGUCUGAACAAAUCAGGUUUUUUCAAACACUGUGUAACAAUCAAUCCUACUACAAGUGAAAGAUCAGGUAGCCCUUUGCUAGUCAGGGCCCGAUUCUCUUCCCACUUACAUCCAUGUAACCAACUCGGUUGACUUCAGUGGCGUUACGCCCGAUUUAUUUACACUGAUGAGAGUGAGUUUCCCUCCUCCGCAGAAGUCAGCAAAAGGGCCGUGUCCUGUGAAGU